GCAGUCAGACUAACACGACGCCCACACAUGCCAUACAUCACCGCUCAGUCUUUUUAAUUCUACGAGUAUAAUUCUCGUUGAUAUUAUUGUAAGUGAUAAUGUUCUCAUCGGCACCCAUACAGUUACAGUACAGGCGAACACACACACACACACACACACUUACUGUUCUGUUAGUUCACCUACAUAACAACACUCCUACACUCACAGUCCCAGCCAGCCAGACAGCGAGACAACCAGCCAGCUACACUCCCCACCAGCCAAUCAGACAGCUACACUUCAAGCUAUCCAACUAACCACACUCCCCUACCAGCGAGCCAGCCAUGCAGCCAAACACCCAGCACAAAACCCGAACAGUAAAAAUGUUGCAGGAUACUUAAAGACUUCCUCACAGUAAGCACAGGAGGGCGAUUCCCGAAGGCCAGUGUGUAACCAGUCAAUUUUCUCCCUUACUUUACAGCACCUUUGAUCGUUUCCCACAGCCACCCUCUACCUUUCCUGUCCCUGGCGCCUGCACUAAUCCAGCCCUCUCUCACACUCUCUCUCUCUCUCUCUCUCUAUCUCUCUCCAGGCGUGCAGGCGGCCAUGUACGGAUUACUGAUCGAAAACUUCAGUGAGUUCAUCAAGAACGAUUAUGGCGAGGAUAAGUGGGAGGAGAUACGUCGAGAGGCUGACAUCGAACACAUGGACUUCAGCACGCACAAAAUCUACAGUGAAAACCUCCUGCCGAAGUUGUCCAGGGCCGCCGUCACCGUUCUCGGGAUCCCUAACGAUGAGAUUAUGUUCGCGAUGGGCAGCUUCUUCGUCGAGUUCGUGGGUCAGUAUGGCUACGACAGGGUCCUCUCCGUACUGGGCCGCCACGUGAGGGACUUCCUGAAUGGGCUUGACAACUUACACGAGUAUCUUAAGUUCUCCUACCCCCGCAUGCGGCCGCCGUCCUUCUUCUGCGAGAGUGAGUCCAGUGAGGGUAUGGUGCUGCACUACAGGUCCAAGAGGCGAGGGUACGCACACUACACCAUGGGCCAGAUCAAGCAGGUGGCGAGUCACUUCUACAACACAGACAUGAAGGUGGAGCUGGUGCGGGAGGAGUUCAUAUUCGACACCACGCACGUCACCUUCCAGCUCACCUUCGACAACCGAGCGUACGCCAACCAGAUCAACCUUACACUGAUCCGGGAGGAGAGGUCACUACCGCUCAGAGGCAACAUUCUCUUCGAAAUCUUCCCUUUCUGCAUCCUCUUCGGGAGCAACAUGCAGGUGCGGUACAUCGGCAACAGCAUGAUGCAAAUAAUGCCAGAGCUGGUGGGCAAGAAACUGACGGAAUGGUUUGACCUCAUCCGCCCCCAUGUCGAUUUCAAAUUUGAGGCUAUCCUACGUCGCACCAACAACAUCUUCGAGCUGAUGACGGUGGACUCGGUGUUUCAAGGCCAGAGGAAGGUGAACGGCGAGGUACAUGCCGACGAGGAGGAUUCAGAGCAUUCUUUCAAGCUCAAAGGCCAGAUGAUCUACAUGGAGGAAUGGAAAAUGGUUAUAUUCCUUGGCACUCCAGUCGUAAAGGAUCUCGACGCCCUUGUCUACUCUGGCCUCUAUAUCAAUGACCUCUCCAUGCAUGACUUCUCCAGGGACCUGAUGUUGGCGGGGACGCAACAGGCGGUGGAGCUCAACCUGGCGCUGGAGCAGGAGCAGCACAAGAGUAAGAAGCUCGAGGAGUCCAUGAAAAAACUGGACGAGGAGAUGAAACGAACAGACGACCUUCUCUAUCAGAUGAUCCCGAUGCAAGUAGCGCAGCGAUUACGUAAAGGAGAGAACCCCGUGGAUACCUGUGAGACCUUCGAGAGCGUGACCAUCUUGUUCUCAGACGUGGUCAACUUCACGGAGAUCUGCAGUCGCAUCACACCCAUGGAGGUUGUGUCAAUGCUGAACGCUAUGUACUCCAUCUUCGACAAGCUGACCGAGAAGCACGUAGUGUACAAGGUUGAGACCAUUGGCGACGCCUAUAUGGUGGUGGCGGGCGCCCCGGAGCGUCAGGCCAACCACGGCGAAAUGGUGUGCAACAUGGCGCUAGACAUGGUGGAGGCCAUCACCGAGCUCACCGACCCGUCCACAGGGAACCACCUGAGGAUCCGUGUGGGCGUGCACUCCGGAAUGGUGGUGGCGGGCGUGGUGGGACUCAAGAUGCCACGGUACUGCCUUUUCGGGGACGCCGUCAACACAGCUUCCCGUAUGGAGUCGACGAGUGAGGCGAUGAAAGUUCACAUCUCGCAGACCACACAGGAAAUAAUCUCUGACAAAUACCACGUGGAGGAGCGCGGAGAAAUCACAGUGAAGGGCAAAGGGAACAUGAAGACCUACUGGCUGAUGGACUGCGAAGGCCGCCAGUCAGUGAAGGGCCAGAACAUCGAGAACAUCGGGGAGGAGCGGCGGGGAUCAACGGCCUCAAGUACCUACUUCCCCAUCACCUUCCAGGACGUGAAGAAGAGCUCCCUCACCACAGCGGCCACCCUCACACCCACCAACACCCUCACCACCACCACCGCCGCCAACAAAACCACAUCUCAGACCACGCCCUCCGCCAGCAAUAACCACGUCUCCAAUAACAACAGCCACUCCCACCCGCCCAUCGACGUUCACCGAGUUCCAUUAGACAAGCCUAGAGGUCGCAGCUUUUCCAAUGUGGGAUUCUCAAGCCUGGCACUCCCAACUUUUGACGCACCAACCUCUAUCAGGAAUUCUCCCACAGAGGAGAAGCACCUGUCCUUCCCAGCACCGGAGCGGCUGGAGCGGGUUCGCAGCACCACCCACGAGAAGCCCUCCAAGAAUCUCCUCGCCCACCCCACCCAUCCCUUCCACGCCAAUCACCAGCAGAACCACACACCGCUGCCCGAUGUCCUCAUAGACUACCACCACUCCCACGACGGCAAGAUGGCGGCCAGCACCUUACACAAGGUGAAAGUCACGCUAGCCACGCCCAUGGACGGCAAGGUGGUGGACAUCACGGGCCAGCCAGACAUGGUGGACCGCGGCACCUCCCCCAUCGUGUCUCACACCGGAUGCUCCUCGUUCACCACCAAAAACAGGGUGCAGAGCCACGCCUGCCUCAUACUUUAACAUUAGCUGUCGGCGGUCCCUCCACCUGUAGGCACCUGUAGGCUCAGUUUCACUGCCUGGCGUUGGUAGCGUCGCCACCGGUGCGUUCAUUACCGCCGGUGCGGGAGGCACCACCGUCAUCGCAGCGGCGUAAGUGGCGACCGUGAAUAAGAGGGACAGGGACACACAUUAUAUCUUGACACACCACUCACUCACGUAUAACUUCACUGUCACCACACCUUCAUCACACUGUUCGCAGUGCCGUCCGUCCCCACCGUCGAGAGCAUCGCUGGGUGGAGCCUAGCAUCUCUCCGGCCCCUCCCGGCGCCACGCGCUGCGGCACAUCACCGACAGGCGCUGAAGGGACUAGGUGUCGAUGUAGAAUACAGUGCUGUUUGUAAUACUCUUAUUUGAUUCGAUAAAUGUUUUAUACGCAUAUCCCUAUAUAUAUGAAUAUUACUAAAAUAUAUUUUCCCACAAUUGUGAACGGAUGAAUUGUAUAUGAAUAUUUCUGUGCACAGUGUUUCUCAAACAAAACUACGAUAACGCAAUCAGUCGUUGCAUCCUCGUGCCCACACACUCGCUGUGUGGGUCCCAGCAGCGGUGAGGUUCCCAAACCAGUGAGCAUUGGUAUCUCUGAGUGGAAGGAGCUGUCUGUCACUCCAUGUAGGGCUGCCGGCGGACCUGCGCAGGAGUCCCGUAGAAAAGUCAGUGCCAUGGGCAGCUACAAAGAAAAGCUCGCCAAGCAGCAGGCCUGUCAGCUGCCACACAUUUGACUUGUGUGUUCAGCAUGGCACACGUGUGAUGCCGCGGAGACAGAUCUGGCUGAGCCUCGGAACACAUCGCAGAACAAGUUCCUUUGUCCUUGUAGAAAGCUUUUAUGUUUUUGUACACUGAUAAUUCUGUGUAUUAUCAUAUGUAUAUUGUUAAUACAUUAAAAAGUGUAAAUUUUCUGCACAUAGACAAGAGUAGAAACUAAUUUAUUUACGGUGUUGUGGGCGCGACCUCAGGUGGUGGCAGAGAAGGGUCCCUGCGGGACGGAGAGUACGCCUCUCACCGCCCUUGCGGGUCUGUCAGGGUUCACACAGCAUCCCAUCUGGACGCAGGGUGGCGAAACUUUACCGAAGAAAAUAAAUAAAUGAUUAAAGUAUUGUAAUAACACAGAAUUUCACCCAAAGUCUGAAGAACUGGUAAACACAAGCCGCACGAUAGGGUGACAGAGUCAUGGUGGAAGAUGCGGUGUCUGAAGCACCUGUGCGGCUGGCGGCUGACACCCAGCGUGAUAAAAUGCCCGUCACUUCAACUAGCUAGAUGCAUCACACGUCAUAUUUAACAAGUGGGCGAUAGAGGCAGUUUUUUUUCGUAACCGUCAAUCAGCUGGCCAAAAAGAGUACGUGGCCAGCUUCCUGGAUGUUGCCGGAAGCCUUCCAGCAGCGGCAGGAAACUCCCUCGCCACAUACCUCAGGCACAAGUUCCAGCGGAUGGCGAAGAGAAAAUUAGACAAUUUCUUGCAAGACUCGCACUCGAUUAUUAUUUUACCACAAACUGACGAGGGGGUGUAGGGCUAAAAUCAAAUAUCUAGUGAUAUGGUAAGUCGUUAAUCCGCACAGAAUUAUCGGCAUUGUAGGCGCCACACGCACCGCCGCACUCUUACUACGCCUUCACAGUGCUGAUGUAGCAACAAUAAUGAUGUAGUUCACUUCACACGGAAAAACAAGAAUCAAAAUGUUAGAACUCUAUUUUUAUUUAUUUAUUUUUUUUAUUAUUAUUGUUUCUGAAAUUUUUAAUGAAUCUAAGAAAACUGUUUGAUUCUUGAAGUAACAGCAGAGAUUUCUACGUAUUUAAGGAAAAGUGUUGUACGCAUGGUACACAUUAAUUUUUGGCGUCACUAUGAUGUACUAACACACACACACACACACACACACACACACACACACACACACACACACACACACACACACACACACACACACACACACUUCACCCCGCUUAUCAAAAAGAGCAAUUAAAAUAAAUGAGUAACAACUUUUUUUUCUUUCGUACCGGUGAAAGAUGCCGCCUUGGGUGACGCGUGGUGAAGCUCGCAACACAACAAAGCACAACACAACAUAACACAGCAUAACACAACACAGCCGCGGUGGAAGACUGAGGUUUGUGCGUCAUUAAGUGCACGAGGCGCGCUUACCGUUUUCAUUCAUUCCUGGCAGGAAUUCUAAAGUAGGAAAUGUAUGUCUGUCAAUGGGACAGGAUGAGGCAGGAAAGUUGGGGUAAAGGGAUGGAGGAAUGGAAGGCUGGGAGUUACUGGAGUGGAAGAUCAUUCCAUGUUCAGUCUGUUGGGUGUUCUCUCAGUCUUUCGGUCAAGGAGUUUUCAAGUUAUAGGCCACCAGCCAGUGCUGGGUAGCGAAUCGUGCUUCGACAGGUCGGCAGCUGACACCCGUUGUGUUGUUUGGUUAAAAGUCAAGUUUUGUACUUUUACUUCUUUCAGCAAGGUUACUUGGCGAUUAUUUUUCCAUGUUUUCAGUCACAUCCCUUUCUCCGCCCUCUCAUCGUAGUGAAUUUCACAGUUCAUAUAUUGUUGCUGCGGCAGACGGCUACUGUUCCUUUCCCAUAAAGUUGUCCUAUCAGUCUCUCCUCCACAUCAUUCCCUCUCACCAUGGAGGACGCCAUUCAUCCAUACUGAUAUAUACGAGUACAGUGGACUCGGAAACUACAUAUCAAACCCUCCUCUUGAAGUAAUACAUUUUAGCCUUUCACAUUCCACUGCAGGGUUGCAUUUUUCUACCGUUGUUUUCAUGGUCACUGCUCCGAUGGUAUUACUAACCGUACGUUUCUUUCCUUUCGGCACCACUGCUAAGGAAUCUUAUAUUUUGUUUCACUUUCUAACUCUUUGAAAUUCCUCUCUUACGGCACGGUAAUGAGAGGGAUUGUUGUCUUUGUUCAAUUUUGUACUAUACUUCUUGUUCAGUCUCCUUUUUUCUCCGUUUUCUUCAAUGUCUGGCCUCGCUACCAUCUCAAGCCAGCUCUUUACUCCGCCAUCAUGCUACAUCCAAGUCCCCACCCAGGAUGAACACUUGUGUUGUUGUUAGAAGCCAGUUGCCUUGUAUACAAUAUAUUUUUGAAAGUACAUGAAAAACAGUAAGAAAUGUUAGGUGAGGUUGUUAAAUAGCAGGGAUAUAGAAGCGCGUAGUGGAAGAUUGAACUAGUACGCCGCGCAGCAGUCGAAGGUUGGUCACUCGUAAUGUUCACGGGACAGAAAGGACAGGGACAGGAAGAGGCCAGAAGGGUGUGGAGGUACUCGAGGAAACUGGUUGUGAACGAUAGAAGAGUAAUUAUAACGGCUAGCUCUGGCUGGUGACAAGAAAGAUAACAUCACGUUAUGUAGGCUGCGCAAAGGUAGGUUUGAGAGGCCCUGGCUGAGUGCAGGCUGCGAGGGCUCUCCCAGUGACUGGCUGGGGGAGCCUAGCAUCCAGUCACACUGAUCAGAUCGUGUUCUUCUGCAACACAGCUCAGGUAUGCUUUCCGUUUACCCAGUCGCCUUACUUUGAUGGAGUUCUAUCUUAUGAACGUUGGGUUCUUUACCUUAUGCUCUCAUCUGAUGUCAAGUGGUAUGCCAACACCCCAGCACCACCACCACACUGAGGACUAACUGACCGGGCUCUCGCUGCACAGAGAACUCACGUCUUAGUCUCACAACAACAUCCACUACUGGAAAUUAUAUAAAAGCAUAAAUAAAUAAUCCAUACGAAACUCCUCGGUUUUGAUGUGAGGCUUUUCUCCAAUCCCCGUAUUACACAAUUCCGUAAGAACCGUGAAUCGUGGCACAUCCGUGGAUCAGUUCAGUAUGUACAGUUUGCAUGAGUAAUAUUAAAUAAGAUGUGGAUCCUCAACAAUGUUGCGAUGUACAACUGUGAGCAGUGCACUCGGUGACGGGGUGACAUCAGCAUCAAUUUGAUUCAUUCAUUCAAAUUUAUCCAGUUUUCGUAUUGAUGUUUUUGUACAUGUAAUUCACAACUCUAUAAUGUUUUACCCUUUUGAAUACACAUUGUUUCACCUUAAUUUAUUUCAAUAAAAUGACGGUGUUUCGACGCAAUAAAUUACCACAAUCUUACCAAUCAAAAAUUAUCAUAAUUGCCUUCCAAACCUCCUUCAUGCUUUCUUAUUCUAAGUGUUUUUGGCGUCGAUAGAUAUGUACCUACCACGUUGUUGUAUAAAUAUACAUGGCCAACGAAUAUAUAUUUUAUAGUCGUGCAAUACAUAAAGCCCCACUGUACCAAAGCUGUUGUGAUAGAUAUAGCAAAAAAUAAAGUCUUAUGUUACA